UGUAAGAAAAAGAAAAAGUGAAAAAGUCAUUCUCAAAACAAGACAAGGGCCCUUUGAGAGCCCCACAAAAAUCAAUUAGCUAUGAAUGAGAACAAUGGACAGAUACCACGUAAGCUAUAGCGCUUUGGGAAUGUCAGAUGAGAAUUCAAUAUCGCCCUCAAGCUCGAAAGCUGGUCGAAAUGUUAACUUUCCGCCUGAAGCCACUGAAGGGAGUGAAGUCCCAGUGGUUGUUGAUGGCGCUAGACGUGGAUCAAAGUUUUUUCAACGUCCUCGGUCAUUAUCUGUGUGGAGCACAUCGUCGAUUAUCAGUAGGAGUAGCAAUCGAUUCGAUGAGCGUACAUUCACAAAAUGA